UUCACAUUUCAGUUGCUUUAUAGAAGGCAGCAAAAUAGAGAGGUAGUGCAGAGCGCAGAUGUACCACUGUGCAGGUAGCAAAUGCUGUAUAAAAGGUGGAAAUUUUUUUGCCUUUUUUUUUAGUUUCUAGUUUUGGGUUUGUUGUUUGUGGGUUGGGUUUUUUGGUGUGGUUUUGUUUUUUUUUAGUUUUUAGGGGUUUUUUUAGUUUUUUGACAUACCAACCGUCCUAAACAUUUGAUAAUUACUGCCACAAGAAUGUCGGAAACAAUAAGAGUAAUGAGCUCUGAGCUUUAUCAGCAUUUGUUUUCCCUGCCGGUGUAGGGGAGCAGGGUGCCCCGUGGUGGCUGCUCCCUACCUGGGUGAGUGGCACUUGCUGCCAGUCUUCAGCAUGGCCAAAAUCCAAGUGAGAGGUUUGAGGCUUAAUCCUGCAACGCUUCCUUGCAGGAGGUGGCUCAUUCAUUUUGGGUAAACAAACCUAAGUAGAAGUUCCUCGCUGGAACUGGUACCAGCAUAUGGAGUUACGGGGUUUCAGUACGAGGAGCCUUUGCUGCCAUAGAAUGAGCGGCUGUUGCUGCAAACUGGAGCGAUGCUGGGCCCUAACCCAGGGGCAGGAAGGUUCACAUCCAGCUAAUCCUGGCUGCUGGAAGCUUAUUUUUAGUUCAGAAUUAGCUGAGGUUCAGCGUGAGGGAGUAUAGACCGCUUCACAGUGCCUCUUUCAGGGAACACCUUCAAACGAAAUGGGAAAGAAACAAGUGGUAAGUUUGUGGACGCUUGAGUCUUAUCAGUCUUAUAGCCUUUUUCAUUGCUGCUAUCAGCUGAAUUUUUGGAACCCGGGAGAUGUUUGUUCAUGUAUAUUCUUUUGAUAUAAUUACAUAAUAAAAAAUCUGAAAGUAAGCUGCCUUCCUUUUUCUCCAUAAGAGAAAGUACACGAGCUCAGUUUCAGGUUGUUAACAGGAGAUACUUAUUUUUAGAUUUUAGUUGUGUUUGACUUCCUGGUAAAUAUUUUCAAAAUUGUAUAAAAGUUACUAUUUUGUCGUAUUUAAAAGUCUUUUUCAUAAAUGAGCUUCCUUUUAUUGUUUUUCCUGUUGUUUUGAGUUUACAAUUUCAUUAAUAGAAAAUACUCUGCUCACACUGUAUACUGUGCAAGUAUAUUGAACACAUAAAUUAUUGCAGCAUUUUGAUACUUAAAUAGGAUGACUGCCAAACUUUCCAAUGAAAGCAGUACCUUAUAUGGAAAGUGAAAAUUUUUCAAGUGAAGUUGAAAUGCAAGCUGUGCGUCACACACAGCUGUUAGGUAUGUGUCCCUAACGCAGCAUCGUCAGAACUCUGGUAAAAGUGUAUUAUUUCUGCGUCUUUUGCACAUUACUUUUGCUUUUAUUUUCUCCUUUUAUUUCAUCUCCAUCAGGAGUCUUUAGCUAUUUAAGAGGCAUACAAAGCAAAACAUACUUUGUGUGUUCUGACCGUAUCUGAAAAUAGCUGUUUUCUGAGAGGUGGUUUCACACCAGCAGAAGUUGACUUUUGUCUCUCUUGUCCUUCAGUGCCCACCUCGUGCCCUCCCUCCAGUGCCAAGGUAAAACCAGUUCAUUUUGUGGAAUUAAUCAUGGUUCUGUACUGCAUGGUUUCUGUACUUUUAAAAGCAAUGAAAUUAAGAGAAAUAAGUUUAAUAAACAUCUGAGUAGCCAUAAUAGCUUUAAAAAUAAUUGCUUUUCUUGCCAGUUUAUUGUCCCAGAACGCCUUACAAGGAAUACAAAGCAUUUUAAAGUUUUACAGAGGCUGAGAAAUUUUACUGUGUUACUUCAGUUUUAAUAGUCUUGAGAGAUAAACCCUUCAGAAAGUUUCAAACAAAUAACUGUUCUAGUUUUGUUAACAUCUACUGUGGUUUUGUUGAUGCCCUUCUUUUGAAUCUCUUCUGUCUCUUUUUGUUUUGUUUCAUGUCCCUUAUUUUAUUUGACUCAAAUCCUUCAGAACAGGAAUUUCUGAAAUUAGACUAGUUAUUCUUGAAUUAUGGGUAUAGGUGUCUACUAGUUUGACAUAGUGAAAGGAAAAAAUUGGGGUUUUUUUUGGGUGUGGAAGGAAAGGCAACAGUGUAGUUUUUAUGACAUAGUACUUCAGAAUUAAUGCAAAGUAAGUGUUUCCUAAGAGCAAAUGUGAUGCUUGUGACUGACAACAUACAAAGAUAGUGUCUUUUUAGUAAUGUGUGUGCUCAAAUGUUUCAUAACUUUUGUUGGUUUGUUACAUAUCAGGCAGUAAGACAAGUUUUAAUUAGCCAGGUGAUUAAAGCUUUAAACCUGAUCCACAGCUAGCCAAUCAAGAAAGGUAGUCAUACAAAGCAUUGAGUCUUAAUGAUUUAUUCAUACCCUGAAGUUACACACAACUGCUCAUAAAGAGAAGUAGGAGUAGGGAUAAGAAAAUUAAUCACCAAAGCAGCAGUGUGAAUUUUGCCAUUGUGAAUGGUAAUUGAUUCAAAAUUUACUUUCUUCUUAUCUUUGUUCCUUUCACACUGCUCUUCAACACCUUUUCUCCUUAAAUGUGAAGUGGAAACCAAGGUGAGUUAUUCUGGCAUUAAAGAGAAUUUUAAACAGUGGUAGUUCCUUUUGGUGUCACUUCAUCCUGUCUUUAAAGAAAGAGCCUUAUACUUUUCCUAAAUGCAGGCUGAUUAUUUAAACUGCAUGGAUACCUGUGCUGCCAUUGCUGGAACCGUCUGUUGCCUUUGUUCUUUUUACUGUUUGCUAUUUCCAUACUGAAUCAGCGUGACUGAAAAGUCACUGUGCUCUAAAUAAAAGUUUAUUCUUCAGAGCAUUAUUCAGGGCAUUUUAGUUCUUCACUUAACACGCAUGCAUGUGCAUAUUACUUAUCCUGUUCUGCCAUCUUACGUACUCCUUCUGCUUGUGUGAACUGGUGAAUUGUCAUCUUACCUGUAAAAGGUGAAGGAUGUCUUCACUUGUAAAAAGGAGUCCCGUUCUUAACUAGCAAUAGAAUGGCUGUUAAGAAAAGGGAAUGGAGGUUUCUGCAUGCUGUGCACCUAUACGUCUGUUCUGUGUUCUUCAGAUGAAAUCCCACUCAGUCGUCCCAAAAAAAGGAAACCCAAAGGGAAGACUCCAUUAGAUGGCAUCGUCCAAGCAGCAGUUCGUCGACAGUCUGAAAGCAGUGAGCCCCUAACUCCUGAACCUCAUGAUGUCCCUCCUCAGCGGAAACGCAAGAAGAAGAAAGUACCCACUGAUUCUGAGACUUCUUUUACCGAGCAAAAUGUUGCAUCCCUAUUUCAGAAUGGAAGUGGCAUGGAUGUCCCUGAAGCUGAAGAAACAGUGAUCCGCAAACAGAGAAAAAGAGCAAAGAAGCCUCGGCCAGCUGAAACACACAGUUCCAACGACCUGGAAGUGGAGGAGGAAGACAUCAUUGAAGAUGAGCACAGAAAGAGCCCAGAUCAGCAGCCUGUGUUUGCUGCUCCCACUGGAAUUAGCCAGCCUGUUAGCAAAGUAUUUGUUGAAAAAAAUCGUCGUUUUCAGGCAGCUGACCGUGCAGAAUUGAUUAAAACCACUGAAAAUAUCAAUGUACUUAUGGAUGUGAAGGCUUCAUGGACUACCAGAGAUGUCGCCCUCUCAGUGCACCGAAGUUUCAGAUUGAUGGGACUUUUUACCCAUGGCUUCCUUGCUGGGUAUGCUGUAUGGAACAUCAUUGUUAUCUACAUUUUGGCAGGAAGUCAACUUUCCACAAUUUCUAACCUGCUCGAGCAGUAUAAGACACUAGCAUACCCAGCUCAAAGUUUGUUCUAUUUGUUGCUGUCUAUCAGUACAGUCUCAGCCUUUGACAGGAUUGAUUUGGCAAAAGCAUCAGUUGCACUGAGGGGCUUUCUUACCCUAGACCCAGCAGCAGUAGCCUCUUUCUUGUACUUUGCUGCUCUUAUUUUAUCCUUAAGCCAGCAGAUGACAUGUGACAGAAUUAACCUCUACACACCACCUUCGGAAAACGGCAGCAUCUGGGUGGCAGGUACAGAGGAAGAAAUUGUUCAUCCAUGGGUUGUGGUGAAUCUUGUAGUGUCUAUUCUAGUUGGGACAAGUUGGAUCUUCUUGUCUUACCGACCAGAGCUAGACCACAGUGAAGAACUGAUGUUUCAUGCUGAAAUUGAGGAAUUUCCCCAGGGAGAGACCUUACCCAGAGUCCAGCCAUAGUGUGGAACAAGCAUCUGCAAAUACUGUAGCUGUGACUGAUGGCUCAACGUUGUGUAUUAUAGCCAUGUAUUAUAACUUUCAUAAAGAAAAAAAUGUAUUUUUAUAAUGUAUAUAUUUUAUUUUAAUCUUUUUAUGUAUGCUACAAUUUCCAAAUGUGAUUGAAAACUUCUAUACAUUUGCUUUUUAUUUUACAAAGUAGAUUAGUGAAUAAAGUCAAGUUGGUUUUAUAACUAUUGCUACCUGUAUAGCCAAAGGAACUAGACAGAUGCAGAAGAUCAGGUAUUUGGUACUUUUCUGACUGCAGUCUCACAACAGUCUGCUUUUGUUACUAAUGCCAAUAGCAGUUGGCUUACUUGAUUUGGUUAAAUAUUCUCUGGAGAUUAAAAAAAAACUUAGGAAGAAAGUAGUCUAAGGAAGAUUAUAACAACACAGAGUUAGGAAACAUAAAACCCAAAAAAGUUAGUAAGCUUAAAAUAAUCUGGAUUUAGUUGUUUUAAAAAGUGUUUGCUAGAAUAAGGGAUUGGAGUCUCAGGGAUUUUUAGUAAUUCCUUAAAAGAGGACACUUUAUUUUUCUUCAUCUUCAUUUAGUUGUCUUGACAAAGGUAUUGAUAACAAGUUAUUUCAAGUUGAUGUAGAUACAGGAAAGAGAAGUUUUAAUGUUGCAACAGUUUGGUCAUUUAAUGAAUACCUAAAUACAUCUUUUGGUCAAGCAGGGUGUUUUUGGGUUGCCAACAGGAUAUAUAUACGUCCUGUAAUAUCUUGACAGUCAGGAUGCUUAACUAUUACAAAGCCAUGCACAGAACUAGUGUUCUGAUUUCUCCUUACCCUGUAUGGCAAGAGCUACAGUGUUAUUCACUGCUCUUUCUAAAGAAACUUGAAUUUCACAGAUAUUAAAAAUGUUCCUACUUCUAUCUGUUUUGAGGGAGAUUGAUAUCCCCCCAAAGGAUGUUUGUUGUUUUGUGUUAGGAUGGAAUGGGAAACUUCUUCCUAAAACUUAAAAGAAACUUAGAACACUUACUAAAGCAAAACAAAAACUCUGCAGCAACCCACCUUCUGUGUAGUGAUGUAGUAAUAAUAGUGGCAGUUGGAUGAUAGUGAACAUUAUUCUUCUUUUACAUUAACAUGGCAAAAUGAAAGCACGGCAGGUGUGAAUAAAUACAGACGUAUUGCAGGAUGAAACAGUCUCCUUAUUAGACAUCGGCAAGAGCUAGUUUGAAAUCCAUUUAUCAAGGAAGUAUCACUUAAAAGCCUCAAGCCUAUUUGUAUAUUUUAAUACUUACUGACUUUGCAUUGUUUUAUGUGUGUGUCUUAAGUGCGGUUGUAAAGGGUGUGCAGUUGUCAAAGUUCCCUGGAGAGUAGUGAAGAGCAGCCAGAUAAAAAGACUUGAAGGGGUUUGAUGAAGAGCCAGUAACUUUCUAUGCUGUUACCUGAGUUGCUUUAAAACAAGGAUGGGAAAAUGAACAAUUAGUGCUGCUGCUGCUCUGUUGAGGACUUGAGUUCUGUCGUGCUCAUCUGGCAGAGUUAAGUAAUUCAGAAAUUCAGUGUUUAUGACAUUUUUUUGAGUGCUGUGGUAAUCUUGAGGAAAAGACAUCCAACCUCCAAUCAAAAAAAAAAAAAUUCUACCAGAAUUAAAAGAUGUUCCACAGCUGCUGGCUGCAUUCUGGGGCAUUCACUUCGUUGUGGGAAGCCAUUAAUCUUUUCUGUAAAUUGUAAUGGUUCUUAUGUAUGUACUUUUGUAAAACUAGAGCUAAAUUUUGGCUGGCACUGCGUUGUACAUUAACGUGGAGAGACUCAGGGUGCUGCUCCCCUUCAGUGUUGCACUGGAGGUUGUCACGAUUUGGCUGUAGGAGAUGGGGGAUGAAGCACUACUUAAGUGUUCCCAUGUAGAUUGCCAUCACAUUUUCUCCAGAUGUGUGUUUGGUUUACAGAAUUGUUGAGUGGAAGAUGAAAUUAAUAAUGGCUUCUUUUUGCUGCUUGACAUUUCUGCCAUUUUGGCAUGGCAAGAAACAAAAUUUUGCCCAUAAAGUACUGAGCUCAGGCAAAACUGUUCUAAGGCAUCACGUCAGUCAGUACAGGAAAAACCUGAAUAACAUCAUUGCUUUAUUUCUGACAUUGCUAAGAAUUGGCAUUCCAAGUAUCCCUUGGACAAAGUGCUGCUAGCCAAGAGCCAGAUUUGUUUUCAUUGUGAAAUACAGUAGUUUGUUUGGAUGGUUGAGCAGGGAUUAAGUUAAUGAACUUAAUGGGAUCUAUAUUUCAAAGCAGGCUUACCUUUCCACUGUAUCUUUUUGGGAGAGUCCAAGUAUAUGCAUAUUUAAAUUAAUGAGGUUUGAGGUUGCCAUUUAAAGUCACACUUGAUAAACAAUUUGAUGGCUAGUUAUCAGUUUCACAAAGUACUUUUAAUGCCAUUAAACCUCACAAUAUGAGUUUAACUGAACUUUUUUGUUUUGUUACUUGGAAAGUUUUAGAAUGAGUUUACAAAAUAGAUGUUUAAUUACAAAACAUGCAAUAUCUGUAGAAGCCUUAACUGAAAUGCCUUUGUGUGUUUCCAUACCAUUGGUUUUAAUGCACUAUUUUUGUGUUAAUGAAAAAAUGGCAAAGAUGUUCGUGCCAAUUUCUUGUUUAUGUAUGAAACAAACAACUGCUCUAGUUAGAAACAAUUGUACUAUGUUGUCCUGUUUCCAAAUGAUUAGUCUGUUUAAAAUAAAUGUCUCUCUUUUUUUUCCCCA